AUGGCUUCAUCAGGCUUCUCACUAGCAGCACCACCAGUCUUCAAUGGAGAGGGCUAUUACAUUUGGGUGGUCAAAAUGAGGACCUACCAGCAGGCAUUUGACCUAUGGGAGGUGGUCAACUCAGAUGUUGAAUCAGCACCAUUGAGAGCCAAUCCAACAGUGGCUCAAAUCAGGCAACAUGCUGAUGAAAGGACCAAGAGGCACAAAGCCAUGUCCUGCAUUCAGAAUUGUGUGUCAAAUGCCUGGGACAGACUGAAGGAGGAGUUUCAAGGGACUGAGAGAACAAGGCAGCAACAGCUAUUGAACUUGAGAAGGGACUUCGAGAACUUAAAGAUGAAAGAGGAAGAAACUAUCAAGCAGUAUUCAGACAGAAUUAUGGUUGUGGUUAACAGCAUAAGGCUCCUUGGAGAGCAGUUCAAUGAAGCAACAAUAGUGGAGAAAGUGCUUUCAACCUUACUUGAGAGGUAUGAGGCAAAAAUAUCCUCCCUCGAGGACUCAAAGGACUUGACCACCAUCUCCUUGACAGAGCUGAUCAAUGCUCUCUAUGCACAAGAGCAAAGAAGAGCCAGUAGAUUGGAAGAGCAUCAAGAGGGUGACCACCACUGCCUACAAAGGCCAGAUGCUCAAUGCCAAUAUUGCAAAAAAAUGGGGCAUGUUGAAAGAGUUUGCAAAAGCAGACCAAUACAAAACCAAUCACAGCAGAAAAAGGCUGAGGCUCGAGUAGUUGAAGAAGGCAGUGACCAUGAGGAGCAGGUCUUUGUAGUUUCUUACUCAUCUGCACAGGUAAAAGUUUCAGAUGGAUAG